AUGAAGGUGCUCGGCUUAGAUCCACAACAUCAGGCAUCUCUAUUAAAAGUAAUAAUUCUAGGCCUCAUUGCUGCUGUGGCAAUUUCCAGUAGAUUAUUCAGUAUUAUUCGCUUUGAAAGUGUUAUUCACGAAUUUGAUCCAUGGUUUAAUUAUCGGACAACUCGUCGUUUGGUUCAAACAAAUUUUUAUGAAUUUUGGAAUUGGUUUGACGAACGAUCGUGGUAUCCGUUGGGCCGUGUUGUCGGUGGAACGGUUUACCCUGGUUUGAUGGUGACUUCAGCUACUAUACAUAACAUUCUUCACGCGCUCAACUUUCCUGUUGAUAUACGCAACAUAUGUGUAUUGUUAGCUCCUUUAUUUUCAGCUUUCACUGCUAUUGCAGCAUAUCUUCUUACUUCUGAAAUGAAAGAUUCUUCUGCUGGUCUUUUGGCUGCUGCCUUUAUUGGAGUAGCUCCUGGUUAUAUUUCUCGUUCAGUUGCUGGUUCAUACGAUAAUGAAGGCAUUGCGAUAUUUUUACUCAUGUUUACCUUUUAUUUAUGGAUCAAAUCCCUUAAGGAGGGUUCUGCAUUCUUUGGUGGUUUAACUGCUUUAUUUUAUUUUUAUAUGGUAGCAGCUUGGGGUGGUUACGUAUUUAUUAUCAAUCUUAUCCCUCUUCAUGUGUUUGCUCUGAUUUUGAUGGGCCGGUUUUCUACCAGGCUCUAUGUAGCAUAUUCUUCUUUUUAUGUUCUUGGUACUUUAAUGUCAAUGCAAAUCCCUUUUGUUGGAUUUCAACCAACAAGGACAAGUGAGCAUAUGGCUGCCUUAGGAAUAUUUGGAUUGUUACAAAUUAUUGCUUUUGUCGAACUCGUAAGAAGUCAUCUUGCGUCCAAUCAAUUUCAAAUUCUUUUCAAAGGCUUUAUUUUUAUUUCCUUCGUUACGAUGUUUUCAGCAUUAGUCAUAUUAACAGUUAGUGGAUACAUUGCUCCAUGGACUGGUCGGUUUUAUUCACUAUGGGACACUGGGUAUGCAAAGAAAUAUAUUCCCAUCAUUGCAUCUGUUUCAGAACAUCAACCAACAGCGUGGCCUUCCUUUUUUUUUGAUCUUGAAAUGUUGAUUUUCCUUUUCCCUGCUGGAAUAUACCUUUGUUUCAAAGAAUUACGUGACGAACAUGUUUUUGUCAUUUUAUAUGGCAUCACAGCAUCUUAUUUUGCUGGGGUCAUGGUUCGUUUAAUGUUGACUUUGACACCAAUUGUUUGUGUUUCUUCUGCAAUUGCAAUCUCUCGUUUAUUGGAUACUUAUCUUGACAUAAACGUUGUGGAUCCAGAAACUUCUGAACCAACGCCUGUUGUAGAAAGUAAACCUAAAGAUAAGCAUAAAAAAGUUGGUGAUAGUUCUCGUUCAGCGGCAACAUCUACUAAAGCUGAAAAAAAGAAAAAAAAACAAUUUUUUGGUAUAAUUGGAAAUGACACUCGUGGAUUAAUUCUUUUAAAUUUCUUUUUCUUUUUGGUAAUUUUUGUUUGGCAUUGUACAUGGGUAACUUCCAAUGCUUAUUCAUCACCUUCAAUUGUACUUGCUUCUCGACAAGCUGAUGGAUCACAAUAUAUUAUUGAUGAUUUCCGUGAAGCUUAUUAUUGGCUACGAAAAAACACUGAUGAUUCUGCAAAAGUUAUGUCAUGGUGGGAUUAUGGUUAUCAAAUUGCUGGUAUGGCAGAUAGAACUACUUUAGUAGAUAAUAAUACUUGGAAUAAUACACAUAUUGCCACUGUUGGCAAAGCAAUGUCAUCUUCUGAAGAUGUUGCAUAUGAAAUAAUGAGACGACAUGAUGUAACUCAUGUACUUAUUAUUUUUGGUGGUUUAUUGGGUUAUUCUGGUGAUGAUAUUAACAAAUUCCUUUGGAUGAUUCGUAUCGCUGAAGGUGUUUAUCCUGAUGACGUAAAAGAAGGAAACUUUUUCACCGCACGUGGUGAAUAUAGAGUUGAUGAUGAAGCUACACCGACAAUGAGAAAAAGCAUUAUGUAUAAAAUGAGUUAUCAUAAUUACAAUGAACUGUUUGGUGGUCAAGGUCAGGAUCGUGUUCGUGGAGCCCGAUUACCUGCAGAAAAAAUCAAAUUGAGUACUCUUGAAGAAGCAUUUACAUCAGAAAAUUGGAUUGUAAGAAUUUAUAAAGUGAAAGAUUUAGAUAAUAUUGGUCGUAAUUUGGAACAAGCUUCUGCAUUUGAAGCAGGUAAAAAGAGUCGAAGGUCGAAAAAGAAGCAAUGA